UGCGGAAGGCGGCAGCACAGCCGUGUAAAGCCCGUGAGCAGCGAUGGGUUCCCGUUGGGGUGCCGCGGUGCAUCUGCUGGUGCUGGUGCGGACCUGGACGCUGGUGGCGGGGCAGGUGCGGUACUCGGUGCCGGAGGAAGCCAAGGUCGGGACGGUGGUGGGGCGGCUGGCGCAGGAGCUGGGUGUGGGUGAUGCGGAGGCGCGGCGGCUGCGUGUGGUGUGGCAGGGCCGGCGGGCGGGCGUGGAGGUGAGCGGGGCGAGCGGGGCGCUGGUGGUGAGCUCGCGUGUGGACCGGGAGGAGCUGUGCGGGAAGAGCGCUCCCUGCUCGCUGCGCCUGGAGCUGCUGCAGGAGCGGCCGCUGCGCGUCUUCCAUGUGGAGCUGGAGGUGACCGACAUUAACGACAACGCCCCGCUCUUCCCCGCCGCGCGGAAAAACAUCAGCAUGGCGGAAUCGUCUCUGCCGGGCUCCCGUUUCCCGCUGGAGGGCGCCUCGGAUGCAGAUGUCGGAGCGAACGCGCAGCUGUCGUACACACUCAGCCCCAGCGAGCACUUUACCCUGGAUGUGAAAUCUCCACAUGAAAACAGGAAACUUCUGUUCCUGGAGCUCACGAAACCACUGGACAGGGAGGCGGUGCCCAUACACAAGUUGCUGCUAACGGCAAGUGACGGAGGUCGUCCUUCGCUGACAGGCACUAUGGAGGUGGUAGUCUCGGUGCUGGACGUGAAUGACAACGCGCCCCAGUUCAGUCAGUCCGUGUACAAAGUACAGCUGACGGAGAGUGCUCCAGAGGGGACAGUUGUAGUGCGAGUGAACGCCACAGAUCCGGACUUAGGACAAUACGGAGAUGUGAUUUACGAAAUCGAUACUUUUGAUCCUGCCUCGGGUUCAGAUCUCUUCAGCAUUGAUGGGAAGAGCGGCGAGAUCAGGCUGAAGGGAGCCCUGGACUUUGAGGCAGUUACUUUGUACAUGUUACAAAUUAAGGCGCAGGAUCGGGGAACGCCUCCGUUGUCCGGUCACUGCAGCGUGGAGCUGGAGGUGCUGGACGUGAACGACAACGCGCCCGAGGUGUGGGUGACGUCGCUGUCGGUGCCGGUGUCGGAGGACGCGUCGGUGGGGACGGUGGUGGCGCUGCUGAGCGUGUCGGACCGCGACUCGGGGGCGAACGGGCGAGUGCAGUGCUCGGUGUGGCCGUCGUGGCCGUUCGUUCUGGAGUCGAGGUUCCCGGGCUCGUUCUCGCUGGUGCUGCGGGAGGCGCUGGACCGGGAGCGGGUGCGGGAGUACGAGGUGGAGGUGCGUGCGGAGGACGGCGGGAAGCCGCCGCUGCGUGCGAGGCGCGUUGUGCGUGUGCCGGUGUGUGACGUGAACGACAACGCGCCGGCGUUCUCGCAGGCCGUGUACACGGUGCUGGUGCGGGAGAACAACGCGGCGGGCGCGGAGGUGGCGCGGGUGUGGGCGCGGGACCCGGACGAGGCGGAGAACGGUCGCGUGAGGUACUCGCUGUGGGAGGGCGGCGCUGGAGGUGCGUCGGUAGCGGCGGUGGGGUGGCGCCCGGCGUCGAGCUACGUGUCGGUGGAUGGGGAGAGCGGGCGCGUGUGGGCGGUGCAGGCGCUGGACUACGAGGAGCUGCAGGUGCUGCAGUUCGAGGUGCGCGCGGUGGACGCGGGGGAGCCUGCGCUGGUGGGCAACGCGACGGUGCAGCUGUUCGUGGUGGACGAGAACGACAACGCUCCGGUGCUGCUGCCGGCCGCGGGCGGGGCUCCGGGGCUCGAUCCGUUUCUCGGGUCGCCAGUAGAGGAGGUGCCGGGGCCGAACUCGGAGACGCUGUGGGCGUGGGCGGCGUGGGGCGCUGGGGCAGGUCAGGUGGUGGCGAAGAUCCGUGCGGUGGACGCGGACUCGGGCUACAACGCGUGGCUGCGCUACGAGGUGUUGGAGCCGCGGGGGAAGGGCCCGUUCCGCGUGGGUGUGUACAGCGGCGAGGUGAGCACGGCGCGGGCGCUGGAGGAGGCGGAUGGCCCGCGUCAGCGGCUGGUGAUCGUGGUGCGGGACCACGGCGAGCCGCCGCGCUCGGCCACGGCCACGCUGAGCGUGUCUCUGGUGGAAGGAGGCGAGAAGGCGCUGACGGGAUCACUGUCCUCAUCGUUGCCGUCGGAGGGCGGCGCAGCGGCGGGCAUGGCUUCUGCGUCGACCAACGUGUGGCUGGUGGUGUCCAUCUGCGCGGUGUCGAGCGUGUUCGUGCUGGCGCUGGUGCUGUACGGGGCGUCGCGCUGUGCUCCGCGGGCGGCCGUGCUGUCGGGGCCCGCCGCGGCGACGCUGGUGUGCGCCAGCGAAGUGGGCAGCUGGUCGUACUCGCAGCGCCAGAGCCGGAGCCUGUGCGUGGCGGAUGGGGCGGGCAAGAGCGACCUGAUGGUUUUCAGCCCCAACUUGCCGCCGCCGCCGCCACCGCCACCGUCUGUCCCCGCAGCCAAGGACACCUCUCAGGCGGAGCCUUCCUCUCUGCUGGACACGGUCAGUGCCCCUCCUUUUCUCGCUUCUCCCCUCGUGCUUCCUUUUCUUGCUUUCCCCCACAGUCUGAUUCGCUCAUUCCCUGCUCUCUGCCUCUCGCAUCCACCUGGGCAGGCUGUGCUUGGAGCCAGGCUGAGCCUGCAGGUGUGUGGGUACUUAAGGAUCCUAACGGGAUUGUUGCCUCUGCCUGCGUGUAGUUGCCGGAUGUCCUUUAAUGCGUGA